GGUGGAUUCUGUCUCAGUGUAUCUGACGAAGUGUGCAUGCACACGAAAGCUCAUACCAAAAUAAAAACUUAGUUGGUCUUUAAGGUGCUACUGAAGGUUUUUUUUUUAUUUUGUGGACAAGGGGGGCAGGCCCUUUUAUGCUCACCUACUGGUCAAAACAUUGGGUCCUGAGCCACAGGCUGCCUGCUUCAUCACAUCUUUUCCACAUGGUGACUUGACCUUAUUUUCAGUAAUUUGGUUAACAUUCCAUCAUGUGACCGUUUUGGCAGACCUAGUUCCCCUUUCAUAUAGAUUGCAGGGUGGCAUUUUUAUGUGUUACUUGUAGCUUGCCUCUGGGGUUUUCUUUGGGGGGGGGGUAGGUAGGUAGGUAGGGGGCACAUGUUAUGUAAACCAAGGCCUGCCAUGUUACAUAACGGAGAGCCAUUGCUCAUCAAUGAAAAAGAAAGCAGUGGUUUUUCUUUGGCUUGAACCUCUGCAGGGGAGCGACCCUGUAGCUUUGCCAUGGUGAAUUCUAGGGCUUGGCCAGGCUGGGCCACAGUGGGGCAAAAUGUGAAGCGGGUACAAAGAUGGCUGCUUGGGAUGUGACAAGACAUACUUCCUCCUGAAGUGGUAUUUCCUGAUUCAGAGCUGAAUUCUGGUAGCAAGCAUAGUUGUCAAGUUUUCCCUUUUCUCGCGAGGAAGCCUAUUCAGCAUAAGGGAAUUUCCCUUUAAAAAAGGGAGAACUUGACAGCUAUGGUAGCAAGUGGAUGCCUGGGGGAAUUGGAAUUAGCCUGCAAGCUGGCAAAGCUUGCCACAAGUCAAGAAUAUGCAACAGCAGCAGCAAAAAAGAAAGAAAGAAACCGCAAGUCGAGCUCUUCUUCAGACCUGUGCUCGGCUAACUCAACUAAAAUAUGGUGGGCUGAGAUAAAACAUCUACACAUGAUCGCUCCUUUGCUAUGCAAUACAGAAGUAGAGUCGGAAGGGACCCCCUGCAAUGCGGGUCAUAUUGUGACACCUUCCCUGCUUGGGAGACUGCUGGCUAGCGCUUUUUGAUUUCUGUUUUUUCCCCUACGUGCUUUUUUUUUAAAAAAAACAACUCCCUAAAAGCGUUUUAAAAGCUCGCGUUUGUUUGUGCGUGAAUGCGCGCGCGCCUUAAGUUCAGCGAAGGGUUAAUUCAUCGAGCUCUGCUUCCUAGAGGGGCAGGAAGUUGGCAUCGGAUGGAAGGAGCGGGGCUUUGCCCAUAUUGCUUCCUCCGGGUUCCGGACGGCGGAAGGGAACUGCUGGACCGGGCGCUACAGGCGCUGGGAUGACCUCGCUUGACGGCUGCAACAUGCUUUGAAGUGCACCGGGGGAGCAGCUGUGACAGUCCCGGGAGUGGCCCGGUUCCUCCUUCAUGCCCUGAAGGCAGGGCUAUGGCCUCAGGUUCACAGCCGGGAUUGUCUCUUCCUUGGGGUGAAGUUGAAAGAGCUUCCCAGCAGCCACCUCAGGGCCUGGUGACCUUUGAGGACGUAACUGUGUUCUUCGAGGCAGAGGAAUGGGCCCUACUGGAUCCGGGCCAAAAAGCUUUGCAUAGGGAAGUCAUGGAAGAGAAUUACGAGACUGUGGCCUCUCUAGUCUCAGACCUCAAUUCCUGUUGGGAAGAAGGAGAAGAUCCACUUCUCCGGCGCCCUAGAGAAGAGGAGGUAUCAAUAGAUGAUGAGCCGAAUAAUGGGGAUUCUAGGGAGCGAUGGACUUUGUCGCCAGAGAUUGUCAAGAGCGAAGUAACAGAAGAGAUGACAGAAGAGAUGCAGAACAACGCGGAUUAUAGGCAGCAGUGGAUUUUGCCGCCGGGGAUUGUCAAAACCGAGGCAGCAGAAGAGAUGCAGAAUAAUGAGAAUCAUAAGCAGCAAUGGAUUUUGCCAUCAGGGAUUGUCAAAACCGAAGCAACAGAAGAGAUGGCGGAAGAGGUGCAGCACAAUGGGAAUUAUUGGGAGCAAUGGACUUUGUCAUCGGAGAUCGUCAAGGGUGAAGCAAUAGAAGAGAUGACUGAGAAUCUGAUGGGAACAGAAUGGCAAGAACAAAAUAAUCCAAAGUAUGGGAAGAUGAAAGCUUUUGAGGGUCAGAAUCCUAACAUCCAACCGACUCCAAGGAAAAAAGUGAGGCCAUCAACUUUUUCGAAGUGGAAGCUGGAAAAUCCGUGGCUGGAAAUGUUUGCUGAUGUUAUGAUAUGCCUCGUCUGCAAAGAAUUUGCACGGGCCGAGGAUACGAGUUUCGUAAAAGGCUGCGCAACAUUCAAGAUUGAAACGAUUAAAAAACACGGUGCAUCUGCUACUCACCAAAAAGCUUGCCGUGCUCAAUUAGCCAGGUUGAAUCCAGUGUCCACACCAGUAUCGGUCCCAACGGUGCAGGAAUUAAGAACGAUGGACAGCAAUUUGCACAGUAACUUGGAGAAGCUGUUCAAUACGGCAUACUUCAUUGUCAAGGAGAACUAUUCGUUUGACGACUUCCCGGCGUUAUGUGCACUGCAGAAGAAAAAUGGCUUGAUAGUGGGUGAGACGUACAGGAACGACAAAGCGGCCAAGCAGUUUGCUCAUUACAUUGCGGAAAGCCUUCGCCUGGAGCUCAAGUACAAACUGAGUAAAGCAAAUUUCUUUGGGAUUUUGGCUGACGGCUCAACGGAUAGAUCGAACGCAGCGGCUUCCGAGAUUGUUUACUUUUAUUAUAUAAAUGAAGCUGAAGUGAAAUGUAGUUACGGAGCCCUUAGGGAAUGUCCUAGUGAGAAUGCAGCAGAAGUGAAGUCUACCAUCGAGUCGGUUCUCGACGAAUACAUACCCGAUUGGAAAAGCAAGCUGACGGCAAUCAGUUUCAACGGGGCUAGCGUCGAUACGGGCAACGCGUCUGGGGUUGCGAAAUUGUUCCAGGACAGCUGUCCAGGUCUGGUGGCCGUGCACUGUGUCGCUCACCAACUGGAGCUUGCGAUAGGGGAUGCCUUGAAGUGCGUCAAAUUUGCCGGGCUCGCCGAAGAUGUCGUGAAGGGUAUCUACACCUUUUACCACAGUAGUCCUAAAAGGGCAAAGGAGCUGAAAGAGAUCGGCGAAGUCCUGAAUGAGAAAGUGCUUCGCCACAUGGGUAUCACCGGAAUCAGGUGGCUGCAGUCGAAGAACUCUGCCGUGAAAGCUUUGGCCAACAAUCUGCCCGUAGUUGUGGUGCAUUUGCAGCAAAUUGUGAGCAGCUCUAGCACAAAGCCAGACAGGAAGGUGGAAGCCAAGCUGAAGGGCUACUUGAAGCGUUUGAAGUCGGAACGGUUUGUCAAGUUUUUGUUUUUCAUGGACGACGUUACGCACACGCUUACGAGGCUAUCCGAGGUGUUUCGGAGGAAGUGUGUGUCCGUCAGCGAUGUUAAAACCAGCUUGACGGCGACGAAAGAGAGGCUGCAGAGGAUGGUGAAAGACAGCGGCCCUCAGCUGCAAAAGUUCGAAAGUGCCGCGCAGCUGGAGGGCAGCGUGUUAGUGUACAAAGACGUGGAAAUUGUCAGUAACGCGAGCGAAGUUGGCUGCUUUGAGGAAGACCGGCGUGUCUUGCUGAGUUCAAUCGUGGAAGCGAUCGACAAAUGGUUUGACCGCAUCGGAAACGACAGAGUUCUGCGAAACGUGGAAAUAUUUGACCCCUGCAACAUACCCAGACCAGAAAGGGACACGUCUGCAAGUGGCCAUGGAGAGAAAGAAUUGAGCGAACUAAUGCAAGCCUUGCCCAGCAACGUGAGAGUCGACAAGGAAGCCAUCUUGGAGGAGUAUCAAGAGUUCAAAGUGUGGGCUAUCAACAAGACAAGCAUCACGUGUGAAGAAGCUUGGCAACGCCUUCAAGCAGAGUCAACGGCUUCUGCUUCGUAUAUUAAUAUAUGCAAAGUUUUGAACUUUUUACGGGUACUCCCACUUAGCACUGCCGAAUGCGAGAGGGGGGUUAGCCAACUAAACUUGGUUAAAACUGACAGUCGCAAACGCCUGCUUGCAACGACCAUUGAUGACUUACUGAUGAUCAAGAUGAAUGGUCCAGACCUAGAGAUUUUCAAUGCUGCAAAUGCAGUUAAUUUGUGGUGGAACGAUGUUGCCAGGGGGCGCAUUAGAAGACCCCACUUUAAAAACAAAGACUAGGGUAUUUUAAAAACUGAAGUGUGGUCCCAAUAUUUUUAUUGUACUGUAUAAACAAACAGGUAAGUGUGAUUUAUUCAUACGCCUUUUUAAACAAACUUUGCAGGUUUUUUUGUCCUUGUCACAGAACUCAUAACAAAUUGAUAGUAAUCUUGGCAAAUAAAUUAGUGUUACAGGUUACCGUAAUAAUAGCUGCCACCUUCUUGUAAUUGGUUUAUCGCUUUAGCAUAAGGCAGGGCCGAAAAUAGGUUUUUUGUCACCUGGGUCAAAGGCCCAGUUUGGUCCCCUGCCUCCCGGAUGUGUGUUUGCGUACAUACACAUACAAAUAAAAAUAAACACACAAACACAUCAACACAUUUAUUCUUAAAGGGCAUAAAAAGUAGGCAGUAUAUCAUUUGAAUACAAAGGAAUUCUAAGAAGUAUUAUGACUGUAUUGCCAAAGGGCCAAUGAGCAUCCCUUUCAGUAAAAGCAAAUUAUUUGUCAAAAGUUCCAUGUGCAGCAAUUGUCUAUCUGAGGUCAGGUUUUGAAUUGGAUUUAUUUGGUCACAGGAUCAUUAAAAGACUGCAUUUCCAUAAGAUCAGCCAAGACCCUCUGGUUUCCUUUUAAAAUGCUCCCCCCCCUCGUUGCGGCUUUUUGCCACCCACCCUUCUUAUUGGUUCUGUGCAAACCCUUUCAAGGAGUUUUGACGUGUGAAUUUACUCCUGAGUAAGCUUCAACAAGCUGGACCAUGAAGAAGGCUGAUCGCCGAAGAAUUGAUGCUUUUGAAUUAUGGUGCUGGAGGACUCCCUUCAGAGACCCAUGGACUGCAAGAAGAUCAAACCUAUCCAUUCUGAAGGAAAUCAGCCCCGAGUGCUCACUGGAAGGACAGAUCCUGAAGCUGAGUGCUCACUGGAAGGACGGAUCCUGAAGCUGAGGCUCCAAUACUUUGGCCACCUCAUGAGAAGAGAAGACUCCCUGGAAAAGACCCUGAUGUUGGGAAAGAUUGAGGGCAGAAGGAGAAGGGGACGACAGAGGACAAGAUGGUUGGACAGUGUUCUCAAAGCUACGAACAUGAGUUUGACCAAACUGCGGGAGGCAGUGGAAGACAGGAGUGCCUGGCGUGCUCUGGUCCAUGGGGUCACGAAGAGUCAGACACGACUAAACGACUAAACAACAAGCUUCAACAAUAUUCCUUUCAAAAUCUUUGGGAUUACUCAUUUUAGGAAAUGAUAAUUUUGUGGUCAUUUUAGGUUCCAUGUAAGGUGAAAAAUGCUUUUUGCGAGUCUAAAGUAGAAAGUACCCUUCCGUUACAAUCCUAAUGGAGCCGGGCUGACCAGGGAACUGCCUCGGGCAUGAAAAAUGCUCAUACAUCCCUUACUUUCCUGUGUGUAGAUCAUGUGUAAUCUGUAAAAAUGACUCAACCUUCGCCUAUUUAAACACGUUCAAUGUUCUGAAGGGGUCAUAGAAUUGUAGAGUUGGAAGGGACCCCAAGGAUCAUCUAGUCCAAGUGGUUCUCUUUCUCAGAUUCUCGACCCUCCGUCCCUCCAUUUCUUUUUCACACAGUAGCAAAAACCCACAGGGGAUCCUAUCUUCUGCUUCACUGGGGAGAGCCACGCUGCCCCUCCAGGUUUUCCAAGUCUUCCUCUCCCUGUAAUUGAGCCUGCUUCAGCUGCAUGGGGAAAGGGGAAGGAUGGAGCUCGUGGCUGCUGUUCACUUUUCCAUCUUUCUCUCUGGCUGAAGCCCAGACAUGCUAGGAGUCUCAAUGAUAAUAAUAAUUUACAGUGGUACCUCGCAAGACUAAAAUAAUGAGUUCCGCGGGUUGCUUCGUCUAGCAAGAUUUUCGUCUUGCGGAAACAAACGGCAGACAGCAAAAAAAAAAGGCAAAAAAAAUUUGUCUUGUGAGACACGGCCAUAGAAAGCUUCGUCUUACGAGGCAACAAAGAAUCGCUAGACGCUUUUGUCUAGCGAGUUUUCCGUUGCGUGAGGCAUUCGUCUUGCGAGGUACCACUGUAUACCCCGCCCAUCUGGCUGGGUUUCCCCAGCCACUCUGGGCAUCUCCCGACAGAAUAUUAAAAACAUGAUAAAACAUCAAACAUUUAAAACUUCCCUAAACGGAGAACGUCAACCAAGUACUGGAAUAAAACUUUAUUGUCAUAACAGAAUAGUUUGCACACUGUCAGAAUGGAAGAACGCGUUUACCCAUAAGAAAAUCAAAAUCGAACAGUGAUGUUACAGCUCUGCACAAGUAAUAAAUAAAAUACUGUUGUCAUAUAAAGCCGUGUCGAGUACAAAUCUAGCACAAUAUUUUAUUUUAUAUCUGUACAUAUACAGAUACAUGCUGGUGUUUAUAAAUAUUACUUAUUCAAAUUGCUUACGGUUGGCUACUAUUGCCGAGGCUGAGCCCCAUUUAUGUUUGUGGUGUCAAAUUCGCAAUUGCUAUUAAAAAUGUGGUAUUAAAAAUGUGUCCCUGGUGUGAAUUGUGUUUCAUUUGUUAAGAAAAAGAAAGAAAGAAAGAAAGAAAGAAAGAAAGAAAGAAAGAAAGAAAGAAAGAAAGA